AUGACAGGAAAACCGGUUCAAAAUAUCAACAAACAUGGCGCGCAAGGAGCCACAACCGGCCAAAGGAGGAUUUACAUGCCAAACAUGAGAGAUGAGGGAAAUCCAACCACAAUUCAAUCCAGGAGGGAUAGAAAAACAGUUCGGUCGAAGCAGAACUCAAUUGGCCCGAGUAAAAAGGAGAUAUCACAUCCAAUCACUCUCUCGGCCAGAAUCGACGAACCAAGCGACAAUGCUCGACCAUCUCCCAAACGGCACGACCGAAGUCCACCAAACUUCACAGGCGACCUCAAAACAUCAUUUUGGUCGGCAAAUCCAAAAGAUAGGACGAAAAAGUGCCUGCUACGUGAGAUAGACGAGGAAGCUCAAUACGGCCGACGGCGAUGCAUAGAAUGGCCGACGAACUCAAAACCUCAAGAAGGCGCGAACACCGGUGGAAACUGA